AUGCGACUUCGCGGUGUGUUUCGUGCAGCCAAGCUGCCCAACGGACAACGCGCCAUUGGCACAAAAUGGGUGUUCAAGAUCAAGUGCAAGGCGGAUGGGUCAAUCGAGAAGUACAAGGCACGACUUGUGGCCAAGGGUUUCCGCCAAAAGUAUGGCAUCGACUACACGGAGACGUUUUCGCCUGUGGUCAAGUAUGUGACGCUGCGAAUGGUGAUCGCAAUUUCCAAGCAUUUUGGAUGGCCCAUCGACCAGCUUGAUGUGGUGACAGCUUUCCUGUAUGGCGUCAUGAAGGAACAAGUGUUCUGCGUGAUUCCUGAAGGCGUCGAACUUGACAGUACGUUCGACUGCCUGGAAUUGGUGAAGUCAAUUUACGGCCUCAAGCAAGCGUCGCGAGUGUGGAACGAGACGUUCGACGAGUAUGUGUGCUCCAUCGGAUUUCAAGUAUCGGACUUCGACCCAUGUCUCUACAUCAAGACUUCGGACGGCCAUUGCGUGUUUAUACUGGUCUACGUGGACGACGUCUUGGUGACUGGAAGCUCGCUCGAGCUGAUUGCACAAACCAAGAACGACCUGAAGACGCGGUUCGAAAUGACGGACAGCGGCAAGUGUGCGUUUGUUCUUGGGAUCGAGCUUUUGGACGGUGAAGAUGGCAGUGUGACACUAUGUCAGCGUCGGUAUGUCGAUGAUAUCCUCAAGCGCUUUGGCAUGGAUGAUUGCAAGGCAGUCGCAAGUCCAGUCGACAUGAGCUCUCGACUUGUUUCAAGUGAUGCAACUACCAAGGUCGAUGCUCCUUUUCGCGAAGCUGUUGGUGCGUUGAUGCACCUGACCACUGCAACGUGUCCGGACAUUGCGUUUGCUGUGGGCUAUGUGUCGCGGUUCAUGGAAAAUCCCCAAGAAGAACACUGGGUUGCAGUUAAGCGUAUCUUUCGCUACCUACAAGGCACCAAGACGCAUGGAAUUUGCUACAAGCCAAGUGCAAGGAUCGACUUCCGUGGAUAUUCGGAUGCGGAUUGGGCUGGUGAUCUUACCGACCGCAAGUCAACAUCGGGGUACACGUUCAUGCUACUCGGUGCGCCAGUCAGUUGGGGCAGCAAGAAGCAGCCAAGUGUUUCGUUGUCCACGAGUGAAGCCGAAUACAUCGCACUCAGCUUGGCGAUUCAAGAGGGCAAGUGA